CGGAUUGGCAGAGCGGUUGUCAGGAGUGUUUACAAGAAACAUGGCUGCACUGUCUGUUGGAGAGCUUCAAGAAAUGGAAGUGGACCGGAGGGGCGAGUCUGAGGAGUCUGGUGAUGAUGAGACCAGAAGGAGAAGUAUCAAUGGUGAUGUGGACCCCAACCAGCCCACUACUACAAGUAAAGAAGAGUCACCUGUUGACAUGGACACCAUCACAUUGGACCCAGAGGAAGAGGAUGUUGAUCUUGUUCAUUGUCGUAUUGGGAAGAUUGAGGGAUUGGAGGUGCUAGUAAAGGCUCAAACUCUCUCCUUACGACAAAACCUCAUCAAAAAGAUAGAAAACCUUGACAGUUUAAGCUCACUGCGGGAGCUAGAUCUUUAUGACAAUCAGGUCCGCAAACUGGAAAACCUGCACAACCUCAAGGAGUUGGAGCAGCUUGAUGUGUCCUUCAACGUUCUGAGGAAGGUGGAGGGUUUGGAGCAGUUGACACGUCUGAAGAAACUUUUUCUGCUUCAUAACAAGAUUAGCAGCAUAGCCAACUUGGAACACUUGACAGUCCUGGAGAUGCUGGAGCUGGGCUCCAAUCGCAUCCGGAUCAUUGAGAACCUGGAUUCACUCUCGUCGUUGCAAAGUUUGUUUCUCGGCACCAAUAAAAUAACUUCACUUCAGAAUCUGGAUGGUUUACACAACCUGACUGUUUUAAGUAUUCAGAGUAAUCGGAUCACUAAAAUUGAGGGUUUACAGAACCUUGUCAACCUGAAAGAGCUCUACCUGAGCCACAACGGCAUCGAGGUCAUUGAGGGCUUGGAAAACAAUAAAAAGCUGACAACCCUGGACAUUGCAGCCAAUCGCAUAAAGAAAAUUGAAAACAUCAUCCAUCUGACAGAGCUGCAGGAGUUCUGGAUGAACGAUAAUCAAAUCGAUAACUGGUCAGAUCUUGAUGAGCUCAAGAACGCAAAGUCUCUGGAGACGGUCUAUCUCGAAAGAAACCCUCUACAGAAGGACCCACAGUACCGGCGAAAGAUCAUGUUGGCGCUUCCCAGUGUACGCCAGAUUGAUGCUACCUUCAUUCGCUUUUAAACUGCACUGUACAACUCACCUGCCAACCUCAGUGUUCACCCUCACCUCCCUGCCUCCCUCAUUGGCCUCACUGAAUCAUAAAUUACCUCCAUACACAAAGAUGCAUUCCAACAAUAAACACACUUGUUGAGGCUUACUCGACAUACAUGGCGUGCAUGUAUGCGCUCAUUCACACCUUGAUCUGUGCUAUUGUAUGGAAGUUUACUUAUUUAUUAAGUUGGAUUUGAACUGUUAAACUACCUGCAGCCAAUUUCCUAAUUGUCCCUCUGCACUUGUUUUUGAUUUGUUAUUUCCAACCAAAGGCAUUUCCCUUCAUAUAGUGCCCUUUAGCAAAAUAGGAAGUCAGGAGAACAAACGAUUUGAAUUUUCAGAAUACUGUUUGUCUCAUUUAAAUAAACAUGUUUCACAUCUGAUUCAAUUAUAAAACCUGACUGUCACCAAACAUCUAAACUGAAGUCUCAGAUGCAGUACUGACACUGUGCAGUUUAAAGUUAAGAGACACUUGCAUACAUUUUUCUUUUUAUAAGGAAAGUUUAUCAGGAGAAACGGAUGAAUCAUUCUAAUAAACUGGUAUGGGCGUAUUUUGACUGCUAUUCCUUCCACGUGGACUGCCCUUUUUUUCCCGAUUACCAACAGUAACCUGUGCAGUAAAAUAAAGCUCCUGAGAAUGUAAAAUUAUUUAAUGUGUGUCACAAAGAUAUUUUCAUAGUUGCAACAUCCAACGCCCUUUUUCCUCCCUUGAGAGUUGUAUUAUGUAGUAGUUAGUUGCCAAGUAUGUUUCCCAAACAAACAGUACUAGGGUUGAUAGGGGGCUGGGUCAUGGGUUGGGGAAGAACCCAUAAAGGGGUGAACGUGGUUAUUUUAUUUAAUUGCUUUUCUUAGCACUGUCAGAAUCGGGCAUUUCACAUCCUUGGUUCUCUUUUGGCAAUCUUUGUAACAGAGUAAAUAUGCAUUGUGUUUGCAUUCACUAUGGGGGACAGAAAUGGACCCACGUACAAAUAAUCUACUACAAUAUUCUACAAUAUACUGUUGGCUGAGACAUUAAAAAGGAAAAUGUUGGUGUUUA